AUCACUGAUAUUACUUUGUGUAUGGUAGAUGAUAAAGGAAAUAAAUUCAAUAAUUUUGGUGAAUUGUGGGAAAUCACCAUCGAUUUAUUUUUGAGAUCUUCCAGUUGAAAUUGCCGUCAAUGAUCACUUACAAUAACCUACACAUACCUACAAGUAUUUUCAAUUCAACAAGAAAAACUCUAGGUAGUAAUUUUCAAGAUAUUUUUUCAAUCAAAUCCAGAAAAAAUAAGACAAGCGGUCAUUCUUCCAUUUCCAAGAAAUCAAAGUCGACCAAAAAUCGGAAGCAUUUGGGUGGUUCCAUAAAGAAGAAGAAGUACCCUAUUUCAAAGCAUUUGACAUCAAGAAACAAACAUUUUCUCAAAACUCUUGGCUUCAAAGUGAAUACAAAAUGAUUAGCAGCCAUGUUUUUGACAUACUGGAACCAAUAGUUAUUGAAGAUUCCAUUGAGGAAUUUUCAUAUCACACUUACAAGCCAUUCAAUACUUCCAAUAUUGGUUACAAUGAUGAAAUUCGUAUACCUAUUCAAAGCAGAGAUGUAAUCACAAUUCCCAGUCUUUCUUACUUGAAGAUUUAUGGAAAAGCUGAAAACUUGGAUGCAAAUUACAAAUUUGACUACAAUAGUAUCCUAUAUUUAUUCAACUCAAUUUCUUAUGAGCUUAAUGGUGUUUUGAUUGAUCGUACAGUUAAUGUAGGUCUGACAAGUACCUUGAAGUCAUACUUGACAAGUACACAAUUUGAAAAAAAUUAUCACGAAUCAUUAGGGUACACUUUUGAAAAUACAUAUAGUCAUGUAUACGAUGAGGCGACCGGAUACAUUGAAAUUUAUUUGCCUUUCAGAGAUUUAUUUGGCUUUGGAUGUGAUUUCAAUAAAAUUAUACUCAAUGGGUUGCAAGAAUUUAUAUUAUCACGUUCUAAGGAUGACUCCAAUAUUUUCUGCCCAAAAGUUCCAAUCAUAGGAGCAGAUGCUGAGGUACCUAAAUUUACACUACAGGAAAUUGCUUGGUGUAUGCCACAGAUUAGGACAUCUGAUAAGUUUCGAAUUUCAUUACUUAAUGUCAUUAAAAAUAAUACUACUCUUAACAUUCCGUUUCGAACAUGGGAUUUAUACACAUACCCAUCACUUCCUCAAGCUACCUCACAUUCAUGGACUGUGAAAACAACAAAUUCUCUAUUAAGACCGAGAUUUGCAAUUUUUGCUUUUCAAACCAAGAGACGUAAUGAUCUUUCAAAAGAGGUUAGCAAAUUUGAUCAUGUUGACCUAGAAGAAUUCAAAUUCUUCCUCAAUGAAAUAACAUACCCUUAUGAAACAUCGUUGAUCGACAUUGGUAAAAAACGAUUCUCAAUGCUAUACCAUAUGUUUGUAAGGUUCUAUGCAUCCUUUUAUAAUAUUCCUUUCUAUGCAACACGGUUCAGCAUGACAGAUUUCAAAGAGAAAAUGCCUAUGGUUGUGAUUGAUUGUUCGAGACAAAAAGAGAACUUCAAUAUCUCCACAAGUGGACCAAUCAAUAUCAGAUUUGAUUUUAGAUGUAAGAAUAACAUUCCUCAAGGAACUGAGCUCCAUUGCUUGUUAAUUUAUGAUAGAGUAUUUAGUUAUAAAGCUUUUGAUGGUAAUGUUAUACCAAAAAUCUAGAUAAUUGUAUUCACACAUUUAACUAAGUGUUCAACUGUACAUAUUUUCAAUAUAUUUUUACUCCCACAAUAACGAAGAUUUAUUUCUUAGUAUUCAACGAAAAAAAUGAGUCUAUUUGAAAUCAAAAGUUAUAUUUAUUUGUAAGUACAAUGAGUGUCAAUAUACUUAAAAUACUUAAAAAGCUUAGAUUAUCAGUUGAUAGCUUACAAAUCACUGCUAUCACUAAAAUAUGUAGAACUAUCAUCACUAGUGUAACUACUACAUGUGCUAGAAUCUGUAUCAGUACAAUUAUCUGAGUCAUUAGAAAUACCAGAAGUAAAAUUAACACCAUAAUUGCCUUUAACUUUUUUAAUAUCAUUCAAAGUUUUUCUACGCUUUACACUUGGUGACUUACAUAUUUCCAAUGACGAUGACGGGGAGUUUGAUACAAAAUCACCAGUUUUGCAAGCAAUCUCACGGAUGGUUUCCAAGUUGAUACCCGAUUCACAUUUUUCAAUUAUAGGUGUUCUUAGAGUAGUAUCGGUGACUUUUUCUCCAUCUGUAGAUAUCUCAGUAGGGGGUACAUUUAUAGGUGUUGUAGGUGUUGUUGGUACACCAGAAAUAUCCAUAUUCAAUUUUUGAUGAACUCUUGGAUUACGUAAAUGAGCCUUUAAAUUAUCACGACGUGGAAACACACGCUUACAAACCUCGCAGGUCACUUGGGUUUUUUUCUCAUGUAUGGUCUCUUUAUGUCUUUUUAGAACAUAGUUUUUAGAAAACAUAGAACCGCAAACAUCACAUUGAAAUUUUUUGGGUGUAUCACCUUUUAUCUCCAUCAUGUAUUUUCAAUUUUAGAGCACACGUGCACACAUGAAAGCGGACAAAAAUAUACUGAAGGAUAAUGAUAGCCCAGACUUCUAUUUAUAUGAAAAUUUAUUAAAAAUAUCUACAAACUAUACCAAUUAAUUCUUACUUGCAUAAAAUGUAAUAAAUUAUUCUGGCUAACAGCACAUACUUAUUUGUAAAAUAUUAUUUUUUAUACCGUGGUAAGUAAGCUUGAGGUUCUUCUUAGCAUUCCAUUCUAAUAGCUUUUCCGGUGUAUCAAAUAAGUGAUGGACUGAUUUAGGUAAAUUCAGCUUACAGUCUGCUGCAUUAACUACCACUGCCAUACCAUAUUUGGUUGUAUAACAUGAAAAAGAUUUGACUUCGAACACUGUACCAUCCGGAAAUGCACUGAAUUUCUUAAACGGUAGCAAUUCUUGCUGAGCACAAUUAUUGAAAGAUACUAAUAACUGAUCCAUGAUAAAACUUGGUAAAAAGCUUUCAGCAGUAAAGUACUUCAACACUCCACAACGUUUGGAAAUGAACUAUUUUGUACCAUCGGUGUUGAUAUCUAUUUAUAUGGUGAAUUUCUAAUGAAUACUAAGAUUGGGUAUAAGAUAGAAACCUACCUUCAAAUUGCUAAUGAUGAAGUUAGAAGAAAUGAAUUGACAUUUACACAUUAUUAAUGAUGUUUUCAGCUUAAUGUGUUACUGUACUUAUUAGCGGAUGAAGGGUGAUUGAUUUUUUCAAGUCUAGACCUGCUCAUAUGGCUAAAGAAUACCCAGAUGGGGUAUAAGAUAGAAACCUACCUUCAAAUUGAUGAUGAUAAAGUUAGAAGAAAUGAAUUGACAUUUACACAUUGUUAAUGAUGUUUUCAGCUUAAUGUGUUACUGUACCUGUUAGGGGAUGAAGGGUGAUUGAUUAAUUGAUUGAUUUUUCAAGUCUAGACCUGUUUAUAUGGCAAAUCUCUAAAGAAUACCAAGAUAGGGUAUAAGAUAGAAACCUACCUUCAAAUUACCUGUAAACUAUACAUAAUGAUAAAGGCAGAAGAAAUGAAUUGACAUGUACACAUUGUUAAUGAUGUUUUCAGCUUAAUGUGUUACUGUACCUGUUAGGGGAUGAAGGGUGAUUGAUUGAUUUUUCAAAUUGAGACUUAGAAAAUAACUAAGCUAACAAAUAAAUGAUGAUACUACCAGGUAUGACAGGUUGCCUACAUAACUAAUGAUUUCAUCAGCUUCAACAGGUGAGUGAAUAUGGCUGUAAAUUAUUGGUCAAGAGUAGGGAUAAAGGAAAAGAGGUCUCCUUCUUCAACCAGUUGUUCAAGGUUUUAUUCUCCCAGUUCGCGUUGUGUAGUAAACAUCUUGGUCUUGACUAGUGUUCUAUUUAUUUUUUAUUUAUUUAUUCAAUUUUCAAAAUGCGUGUAGACAGUCCGUUGAAUGCGUUGAAUGUUCUCAGUGAAUCGAAAUCUUUGAACCCACCUAGAAAUCAUAUAUUUAGUAAACCAAUACAAAUGGAUCAGAAAACUCCUUCAAACACAAAAAAAACUAGAAAAGUAAAAAAUGCAGUCGAUCCUUAUCCAAAAGUGAAAAAUACAGUCAAUCCUCAUCCAAAAGCGGAUGUGUCACAAGCUAAAUCUGAUGAGACCUUAAAUUUAGAUAUUUACUGGGAUGGAUUAUUUCAAGAUGCGCAGCCACCAUAUGACCCCCGAGAUUUUCCCCCAGUAAAUACUGAAACCACAAAAAAUACUGGUGCUGGAGUUCUUUUUGCUCAAAUGGUGGCAGAUACCGUCAGCAGUUCAAUUGCAAAUGUGCCCCCUCAUUCUACAUCUUCAUCAUCCAAUGUUGCCCCCCAACCCCAUACAUCAACACAUGAUUUCUUUCAAUAUAUGGAGAUCAUUAAGAAAUCAAACUUUGUGUUAGAAUUCCCCCCUGGUCUCACAAAUGAUGAGUAUUUAAACAAGAAAGUUGGAUUUGAGGCAAUGGUUAAUCAGCAUAACCCUAGGAUUAUAUAUGAGGAUCCACAUAGGAAAUUUGUGUGUUAUUUCCUGGAGACGGAGCCUGGUAUUAUUCCAUCCGCCAUUGAUGGAUUCUGCAAUUUUAUGAGAGGGGUACCAGGAGCCCCCUUAGUCACUAUAGCCACUACUAUAAGAAUGUGUUUAAAUAAAUAAGUAAAUGACUUAAGUAAUCUAAGAAUGUUAUUUAUUGAUUUAUUUAUGUACAUGAAAAUCUUUCUAAAAUAUAACUAUUAAGUAUUUACAAA